GAAAUUCCCUGCCAGAAUCCUCAGCGAGUCAGGAUCGGGCAUAUAAACCGUUGACACUGGCGAGUAUUGCGCUAACAAGAGAGACACUAAGCUGCCGACUUAUUUGCUAACCACCCUUGAAACUUCUAAACAACAGUAGAGUAAACUGACUUUACAAAAAUGGCUUUGUGGAUGCUUUGGAUUUUUGUCCUUCCAGCAGCUUUUUCAUUGGAUUCCCUGGAGCCAAAAUAUUCCACGUCUCAACUCGGCGACCGUCUCGUGCUGAAGUGCAGCACGAGGCGCUGCGAGAAACCGAGUUUCACGUGGAGGGCGCUGGACGACCAGCCGCUCAUGCACACAUCCGAGACCAACCCGUCACCAACGGAGUCGCAACUCGUCUUUCACCCUGUGACCCUCACGCGCAAAACCACGAUAGAGUGCGGUGUAUUUUGCGGUGGUAAAAAGUUUUUCAGAAAAGCACAAGUAAAUGUGUAUUCUUUUCCCGCGGACCCCGAGGUGUCAGGGUACGACCACUUACGGCACGGGGAGAAGAGCAACCUCACCUGCGUUGUGCGGGACAUCUACACCGCGGAUCUGCUGAAGGUCGAGUGGGUCCAGGGCGAGACGGUUCUCAGCACGACGGAGCACGAAAUGUCUGCGGACGAUGCAGUGGAGACGCAUACCUCCGUCUACUCCUACAUCCCCGAUUUCGGAGACGGGAAGAAGAACAUCACUUGCAGAGCCACGCUUGAUUUGGACGGUGUCCCUGUCAAUCAGCAAACCCGGCAGACCACGGUGAAUCUGACCGUACAGACGCCCCCCCGGAACACCACGGUAACGGUGUCCCCGUCCUGGCAAGUGCAGGAGGGUCAGAACGUCACCAUCUCCUGCCGAACGGUCAGCUCCCCGUCGCCUCGCUACGUCCUGAAGAAAGACGGCAGCGACGUCGAGAUGGAGUCCCAGGACGGAACGUUCCGGCUACAGCAGGUCCAGCUGCGUGACGCCGGUCUCUACCAGCUCACCGUCUCCAACCGGCUGGGCUCCAGCACCGAGCGGCUAACGCUCAACGUGACGGGGCCCCCCCAAAACACCACGGUAACGGUGUCCCCGUCCUGGCAAGUGCAGGAGGGUCAGGACGUCACCAUCUCCUGCCGAACGGUCAGCUCCCCGCCUCCUCGCUACGUCCUGAAGAAAGACGGCAGCGACGAGGGGAUGGAGUCCCAGGACGGAACGUUCCGGCUACGGCAGGUCCAGCUGCGUGACGCCGGUCUCUACCAGCUCACCGUCUCCAACCAGCUGGGCUCCAGCACCGAGCGGCUAACGCUCAACGUGACAGCGCCCCCCCGAAACACCACGGUAACGGUGUCCCCAUCCUGGCAAGUGCAGGAGGGUCAGAACGUCACCAUCUCCUGCCGAACGGUCAGCUCCCCGCCGCCUCGCUACAUCCUGAAGAAAGACGGCAGCGACGUCGAGAUGGAGUCCCAGGACGGAACGUUCUGGCUACAGCAGGUCCAGCUGCGUGACGCCGGUCUCUACCAGCUCAACGUCUCCAACCGGCUGGGCUCCAGCACCGAGCGGCUAACGCUCAGCGUGACGGCACCCCCCCGAAACACCACAGUGACGGUGUCCCCGUCCUGGCAAGUGCAGGAGGCUCAGGACGUCACCAUCUCCUACCGAACGGUCCGCUCCCCAAACUCAUCGUUCCCAUCUGUGCCCCUUCCAGUGCAGGACCCGCCCCCCAAAGACCACAUCAUCCUGCUCGCGGUCAUUGGCCCUACCGUCGCCGUGGUAACCAUCGCAGCCUUGGUGACGCAUCACUUGUGGAAGGCGAAGACGCGUGGGGUGUACGAGCUGGGCAAGGACGUCCUGCUCCCCGUGUAGUGGUGUGGGGACCUCACUCAGGGAACGCCAGUCAGCGCGGGGGAGACUGGCCAUGCUGUGUGCCCGUGGGUGGGGCAGGAGGGGGCGUGGCACUCAGCGGGUCAGCACAGGUGAACCUGAACAGAGGAAGGACAUGAAAAAAAAAAACGACAAAGAACUUAGACUUACAAUGUUGGUCAGUCACACUGCAACAAAAUGGCCAUGUUACAUUUUGAAUCAUCUGUAGUGGCUGUGUGGCACAAGCUGCCAGGCUUGCAAGGAGGGAGCAGUCAAAACAGGAGGCCACCAUAGCCUGGAAAAGUAGCUGGGUGCAGUGUGUAGCCAGGUAUGGUCGAAUCCUCCUGAUGUUAUACAGGAGGAAUCUGCCGGACCAUGAUGUUGCCUUGAUGUUCUCCUUGAGGUAUGAAAGGAUACACCAGUCCUGGAGGGCCGCAGUGUCUGCAGGUUUAACUCCUGUCCUGGAGGGCUGCAGUGUCUGCAGGUUUAAUCUCCUGUCCUGGAGGGCUGCAGUGUCUGCAGGUUUAACUCCAGUCCUGGAGGGCUGCAGUGUCUGCAGGUUUAACUCCAGUCCUGUAGGAGGCGCUGUGUCUGAAAGGAGAGUAGAAUAGUGCUUUACUCACCUUGUGUUGCAGGAUUUUAUUCAACAGGAAUUUUGUUCUGGAAGGAUUCAUCAGCACGAAAACUUUAUUUCAGAAUAAGGCCCUCACAGGGGAAUUUGGUAGCUUACAUUUAUAAAAAAGGGUGGGGUCGAAUUUAAAUUGUUUAUAGUGUAUACGUUACAUAUAGUAUAUUUAUGUGUGUCUAUAGGAUGGAUAAUAUAUAUUUGUGUGUGUUCAUCUGGAGAUUAAUAUUUUUUGUUAAUAAACUCAAUAAAUACAGCAAGCUUC